AUGGCGUUGGAAGAGUGGAGGCACUGGCUGGAAGGAGCAGAACAGCCAUUCUUGGUCUGGACCGACCAUAAAAACUUGGAAUAUCUCCGUAGAGCCAAGUGCCCCAACUCCAGGCAGGCCCUGUGGGCCCUGUUGUUUACCAGAGUCAACUUCACCAUUUCCAACCACCCAGGUUCCUCUGCCACACCCUUGACCUCUGAAACCAUUCUCCCUACCUCAUGCCUUGCUGCCACUGUGGAUUGGGCUAUUGAGAACCUGGUUCGCGAGGUGCAAUGCGAAGGUAUUCUACACCCAUAUUGGGUCAUCGGCCAGCCUGUCAUCCAGAUUCCAUCCCAAAACCAAGGGCCCUACCAUCCCCCCCGGGUAAUCGAUGGCCAGCCAGCGUAUACGGUAGAGGCAGAUGAUGUGCUCACCAAAGAGGAACAGAUCGGCCUGUUGUUCAAAGCCAAACGGAAGUGUGAGGUAGCCAUCAGGAACAAACACAAGCCUGGUGAUGGUUACUGCUCGCCGGAGUGGGAUGGCAUUGUUUGUUGGCCUGAGGGGUCUCCUGGAAAGCUGGUGUCCACUGCCUGUCCAGAGUACAUUUACGACUUCAACCAUAAAGGACUAGCCUAUCGUCGCUGUGACAACAAUGGGACAUGGGAGCUGACCACUACCAACAACAAGACAUGGGCAAACUACAGCGAAUGUGCAAAAUUCCUCUCGCACUAUAACCAAAAUAAUGAGAAGGAAGUAUUUGACCGUUUGUACCUCAUCUACACAGUGGGCUACUCCAUCUCUCUGGGAUCACUUAUGGUGGCUGUGAUCAUCCUGGGUUAUUUCCGGCGGUUGCAUUGUACCAGGAACUACAUCCACAUGCACCUGUUUGUGUCUUUCAUGCUGCGAGGCAUCAGCAUCUUCAUAAAGGAUGUGGUGCUAUACUCUGGUUCUGCCCUAGAGGACAUGGAGAGAGUCAGUGUGGAAGAUCUCAAGUCCAUCACUGAGGCUCCUCCAGCUAACAAAACCCAGUUUAUUGGCUGUAAAUUAGCAGUGACCCUGUUCCUGUAUUUCCUGGCCACCAACUACUACUGGAUCCUAGUAGAGGGCUUGUACCUCCACAGCCUCAUCUUCAUGACCUUCUUCUCAGACAGGAAGUACCUCUGGGGAUUCACUUUGAUUGGAUGGGGGGUCCCAGCUAUGUUUGUGACAGUGUGGGCAAGUGUGAGAGCCACCUUGGCAGACACAGAGUGCUGGGACCUAAGUGCAGGCAAUCUGAAGUGGAUUGUACAAGUGCCCAUUCUAACAGCAAUAGUGGUGAAUUUUAUGCUGUUCCUGAAUAUAAUCCGAGUUCUGGCCACUAAACUUCGAGAGACAAAUGCUGGCAGAUGUGACACAAGACAGCAGUACAGGAAACUGUUGAAGUCUACUUUGGUCCUGAUGCCACUGUUUGGCGUUCACUACAUCGUGUUCAUGGCCAUGCCUUAUACUGAGGUAACUGGAGUCCCCUGGCAGAUACAGAUGCACUACGAGAUGCUCUUCAAUUCAUUCCAGGGAUUCUUUGUGGCAAUUAUAUAUUGUUUCUGCAACGGGGAGGUCCAGGCAGAAAUUAAGAAAACCUGGAGCAGGAGGACACUAGCGCUGGACUUUAAACGGAAAGCCCGUAGUGGCAGUAACACGUAUAGUUAUGGACCUAUGGUGUCUCACACCAGUGUAACCAACGUCACUGCCCGGGGGCCCCUGGCCCUCCAUCUCACCACGCGCCUUGGGGCCCCAGUCACCGUCAACGGGCACCGGAACCUCCCGGGGUAUGUGAAGAACGGUUCCGUCUCCGAGCACUCUAUCCCUUCCUCGGGACAGGAGUUACACAUUCCUGAGGAGGAGCAGCUAUCCAAUAACACGCCACCGCAUUCUGUUGAGGAGGAGAAACCCUCGCCUGUGGUGGAGGAGGAGCGGGAGACCGUUAUGUGACGUUCAUGUGACCUCGAGUGAAAGACAGUCAUGUCAAUAGCCCCUCCGUUGUGAGGACGAUCUCUGUAGGAAUGAGUCAUGGAACAUAGCACCAGUCAUUAUUCUCAGGAUGUUACACAGUAGGAGGAUGGCUGCCUUUCGUCGACACUGCCAGUUUUUCUCCUGUGAAUCGAGACAGAAUUUUAGUGGGUGGGAUAAGGACUGGAGGACAAAGGCUCAAGGCUAAAAGGGUACCUCAGUGUUUGAGGUGAGCCACCAACACAGACAAUCACCUUCUGUACUGUAGCAAACACCGCCGCUCUUUCUGAGACUAUUUCCACCUGCCAUACGGACAAGAAUUCAUAUUUGUUUUAUUUCACUGACAUCAAUGAGUUGCAGCAGGUACUUUAUAUUUGAUGAAAACCAACUUGCAGAUUUAGCUUUUUCACAUUCUAAAGCUAUUAUUCUAAAACUUGUGGAUCGUGACUGGUCUGUGGAUGGACAGUAGGCUAAUGUGUCUGUCUGAAACCUACAACGGUGAUGGUCCACAGGUCCUGUGGGUGAAGGUGUCUAACAGCAUAUGUAGGUCCUCAUUCUGACAGGAGCAUGUUAGCUGAUGUUAGUGUAGCGGAUGGAUAAGUUAGCAUACAGCUCACUAGCUUACAUCUGUUACAUUAGGAACUCCUAGUGAUACGAGGAAAUGCCUGGCUGCAGUUGCCUCUGCCCGCAUGGUUGGGGAGAACUCACUACAUUUCGAUUGGUUUGAAAUAUGGAUGUCAAUUCAGAAAACCUAACCCACUUUGAUGUAAAAGGGAAUCAAACUCAGGUACUCCAAAACUCACCAUUCUAGUGCAUCACUUUGAGCUAGUGUGUACUGUAGUUUCAGAGGUGUGCUGGCUUCUAGUGUUGAUUUAUAUGGAGGAAGGCCAAUGGAAGGCUUUUCUCCAUGAAUAUCAACUUUUUGUACAAUUUUUAUUUUUGCUAUUUAAAAGAUACUACCCUGAUAUUCAAUAGUGUAAUGACUAUGGAAGAUUAUGUUGUUUCCAUGAUGUGCUGAUGAUUAUAUUCUUCAAUGAUAAUAUUCUGUUUCACAAUAUAUAAUGCCACAAAAGUAACCGAAACAUAUCAAUGGAGUGGGAGAGAGGAUAAAAAAAAUAAGCUUUUAUAUACUGUGCAGUGCCUUCCGAAAGUAUUCAUACCCCUUGACUUAUUCCACAUUUUGUUGUGUUGCAGCCAAAAUUUAAAAUGGAUUAGAUGAAUACAAAAUCUUACCCAUCUACACAAUAUACCUCUUAUUGACAAAUUGAAAACAAGUUUUUAGACAUUUUUGCUGAUUUAUUGAACAUGAAAUGCGUAAUUUACAGCGAUUACAGCUGUGAGUCUUUCUGGAGCUUUCUCUUAAGGGCUUUGCACACCUGGAUUGUACAAUAUUUGCCAAUUAUUCUUUUAAAAAUGAGUCAAGCUCUGUCAAAUGUAUUGUUGAUCGUUGCAACACAACCAUUUUCAUGUCUUGCCAUAGAUUUUCAAGCAGAUUUAAGUCAAAACUGU